AUGGCUCCUAAGCGUAGACUCAGCAAAGCUUCUAAGAAGGGUAUGGCAUCUGGCAGUGACGCUCCCGUGGUGGACCAUCCGUAUGUUGCCUGGAUGAAGAAGCGCCAGGCGGAAGGAGAUCGACGGGGACGCCUUCGCAGCGAGUGUGCUGAGACUCGUGACGGGGAACCCUUCGGCGACCCGGACAAUCAGCCAAGCAAGGCUCCGGCUGAGGACAAUGAAGCCUCCUCGUCUUUUGAUCGGAAGGAGUUUGACGCGUUUGAAAGUAGCGACAGCGAGGCGGAUUCCGACGCUUCGCUCGACACACCAGAAAACGAUUUCGAUGGAGCCGACGAGGACAACGAAAUCGCGGACGAAGGACCUGUGGCUGCGGAUGACAUCGGAACUUCCGCCCCGAAGCGUGGAGGGGAGCGUCCUAAGAAGAAACGCAAGGUCUGGCACAUCCGCAAGGCGAACAAGAAUUGGGUUCGCAAAUCGGAGGCCAUUAAGCAGCAGUGGAAGCGGAUGGAGCGCGAAUUCAAGGAGAUCAACGAUGCUUUGAACGUGUCAGGCAACGCCAACAUCGUCAGGCCGCCGUGGUUUACCUAUAUGGAAGAUCUGAGGGCAGGAUCUGCUGCCGUUGACCCCCAUGUUGUGGAUGGGGGUGGCGCCGUCAAGGACCAUGCUGAUCCUAACGCGACCAUGGAGCCUCCAUCCAUUGCGACAGCUACUCAGCAAGUGCCCGUGGUUCGAGAGCAAAAUCCGCAGCCGAUUCGUAGCAAGCGCGUGGCAGAAAGUGCGACCAUGACUGGGGCGAAGCUCGUCGCGGACACCCUGAAGGCAUGUAACCAGGAAGGCCUUGCUAAGCUGGACUAG